UGCGUGCACCUUAACAAUGUGUUGUGAUGGGAACUGCAGGCUUGACCUGCUCGGUAUUCAUUUCUUCUUGUUUAAUUGCUUAAACAGUAAUUGUAGAAUGUAUGUAUAAUCCUUGUCAAAAAGACAGGAACAUGAAGGAAGGUUUUUAACUUGACGUUUUAUAGCGUCCACUUAACACAGGGAGCUGCCUGUGUUGGUCAUAUUUACUUCCAGUCGCUGAGAUUAAAAUGCAUCGCGUGGUUAUUUUGUUUCAAAAGAUAAAAUUGGGUUUCCAACCCAGGUGUUUUUCAACAGCUGAAACUCUGUCCAACAGUUGGGCAUUCCACAGGUUUGCGAAAAGCUGUAAGCAUUUGGAAAAGGGAAAACGUAAUUUAUGUCAAACUCUCAAUAAUCAGGAACUUGUACAAGCAGAAUUAAGAUACUACAAAUCAAAGUCGCCCAAAUAUUGUAAACUGGAAGGUUGGUUCAAAAAAAGGUUGGAAACAAUCUGCGAUAGGUAUGCUUCCAGCAAUAACAGUUUUGUGAUGGCCAUGAAUGGGAUUGAAUACUUUGAAGAUGAUGGCUGUAUUUAUAGAAAACUUCAGAAAGGUUCUCCUGAACUCGUGCUGUGCCUGGAUCAGCUGCAGCUUCUUCAAUCAAACGAUGCUCAAUUUCAGCGUAUCAGAGUUUCACCAGAUCAGAAAUAUUUGGCUUCGAGUGUACGUACGCCAUCAGAUGAAUCCACUUGUGUUGUAGUAAAGCUUGAUCCAAAACCGUUGGUGGUACAUGUUUUACCGCGAGCAUUUAGUUUUGAAUGGGCCACAGAUAAUAGCCUGUUCUACACCAUUUUGGAGAAGCUUCAGUCUCAUGAAGUUUACAGGCUUCUGCUCGGAGACCCAAGAACAGCAUCUGAAAUGGUUUACAAAGAAAACGACACCAGGUUUUUUGUGGAGCUAACCUGUACCAAGGAUGGAAAUUUCAUCACCAUCAACAGUAACAGCAAGACUAGUUCAGAGGUCUGGUUAAUUGAUCGAAUGCAUCCACUGGAGGCGCCUAAGGUUGUGCAAGAGCGACUUCCUGAACUAAUUUAUCAUGUGGAACACUGGAAAAAACAGUUAUACAUUCUGACUAAUUUUGCUGCCACAAAGGACUAUGAACUGAUGAAAACUCAUAUUUCGUCAUCUGGAAUGCAGAACUGGAAGACUGUUUAUGCAAUAAAAGAGAACCACAAGCUAAUCGAUAUGGAGCUGGUCAACGACAAUUGCAUAAUGAUACUGAAGUGUUAUGGUCGCUUGAGUUUAAAUGUGUUUUCUCUCAAACAACCAGAACCUGUUAAAUCCAUCCAGCUCCCAUCUUGGGCUUGUGCUAUUGAGUGUGAAGCUUACUUAAGACACAAGUCUGAUGUAUUUUGCUUCCAGCUGUCUUCCCCAGUACAGCCACCAGUAAGUUUUCUGUAUUCAAUGGACGAAGACGAGCUCUACAUGGAAGAUGAUGAAACAUGUCUGAAUAUUAAGAAGGACUAUAAAGUGACUCGCUUAAAAGCACCAGGCAUGGAUGGCAUCUUGGUACCCAUCACAGUUUUUCAUAAAACGACAUUGAAUGAAAUGAAUGAUAAACCUCUAUUGGUUCAUGUCUAUGGAGCUUAUGGCAUGGAUUUGAAUUUUGACUUUAAACCAGAACAGAUGCUAUUAUUGAAAGACGGUUGGAUUUUAGCAUAUUGCCACGUUAGAGGUGGUGGUGAGUUGGGUUUAAGCUGGCACAGAGCCGGUCGGUUGGAUAAGAAGCACAUUGGCAUAGAUGAUCUGCAGGUUUGUCUGUGUCACUUACACACAAUGGGAUAUUCAAACCCAAGGAGGACAGCUCUCAAAGCAGGCAGUGCUGGUGGAGUCCUAGUUGGAGGCUUGUGCAAUGCAUCACCUGAGUUGAUCAGAGCUGUUGUUUUACGAGCUCCUUUUCUUGAUGUUCUCGACACCAUGCUAGACCCUUCAUUACCUCUCACCCAAGAAGAGCAAGAAGAAUGGGGGAACCCUUUGAAUGACCAAAGAUUCUUCAAGUACAUUCAAGCUUAUUGUCCGUAUCAGAAUAUUAAGCCACAGAAUUAUCCUUCUAUACUGAUCACAGCCUACCGAGACGACCAACGUGUGCUACUGUCAGGGUUGCUGAAAUAUACAACCAAACUUAGAAAUGCUGUGGCUACAAAUUAUAUUACUAUGGGUGAACCACAGAGUAUCAUUUUGGAUAUCCAGCCUGGGGAUGAUCACUAUGGUCCAACUAACUGGGAGCAAUCAUUACAAGAAAUUGCCAGACAUUAUGCAUUUCUAUACAAGGAGCUGAAACUUGAUCUGGGGGGAACUCAUCCAUGAAUAUUUUCUGUGCAUCAAACAGCAGAGAAAUACACAAGACAUGAGUUUAGUGAAUAAUUGUCCAUUCAAAUUUGAUCUGGAAUUAAGUGUAUUUAUAUUAUAGACACAAUCACUAUUUUUGGUGGAUUAGUAAUUAUUUAAUUUAAUGUACUUUGGUGAUAUUGUUUAUGUAUUGGGCAAAAAUAAAGGAUGAAGUUGAAUAAUGUGUUAAAUGUUACUUUUUAUGUGAAACUUUUCAUUAUAUUUGUACUGCAGAUUCAAUUUUAUUUGCUUUAUCUGAGAUUGAAAGUUGGGUAAACUGUGAACAGCAAUAUUAGUGUCUCUAGUUUGCCCACUUUUGUCUCUUCAUUCCAAGAUGACAUUAUGCUUUGAUGAAAAAUUAUUUAAAUAUAUUUCUGUAAUAAAUUCAACAGCAUACUGUAAA